AAACUAUGGGGACCCCAGAUGGAUGCGAGGCUUUCACAAUAUAUACACAAUUAUUUAUUUGGUAGUGGAGAAGCGAGAACGCAGGCCGUGGACCUGGAAAGAUUCGCCGAAUUGUUCGUUUACUGUACGAGAGGAACCGUGGACGAGAAACUGAAAGUUCUUCUGGUUUCGCUCGGUCGGCAGGAGAACGACAACUCGAAUGUUCCUUAUUUACUAGUCAAAGAAUACGUUGAGAGCAUAGUCUCGUCAUAUACAAAAAUCCAAAGGUUAAGCAAUACCAAGCAAUUCAAAAGCUGGCAGUCUCGCGGUUGCUUCAUAUCGCCGCAAAACGUUCAACGUUUAGCCGAGAGUUUGAUCCAUGAAUUGGCAACGGGCGAAUUGAUCACAAGACAUUCGCUGGAAGUGUGGCUGCAAGGAUCGACGGUUCUCGGUCAGCUCUUCAUAUUCGUAUUCAAGCAUCUGUACAGCAUCUCGCAUCGGGAAAAAGUCCAAGCAUCUUCGACCGAGAAGAGCAACGUUGCGCAUUAUCCGUGCGAGGAAGCUCCGAUCGUCGAAGCGGACAAAGACAGGAGUUUGGUGCCGUAUUGUCGCGGUUUAGACCUGAUACCCAGCUAUCCAAGUAUACUGGAUUUGAAUCAAAUCGUCUUCAUCAAUGCGCAUCUACCGCAGCAGUACCAAUUAGAAUGGAGGUUUCUGUUUUCCUCCGAGAUUCAUGGUGAAUCGUUUUCUACUUUAAUAGGCAGAAUAGUUAAUCAAGGACCAUCCGUUCUCAUAAUCGAAGAUAAGAAUGGUUUCAUGUUCGGUGGAUUUGCACCGAGCAACUGGAGUUUAGGGCCGAAUUUCUUCGGCGACGAUAGCAGCUUUCUAUUCACCCUCGCUCCUCGCAUGAGAAUGUUCUUCUCGACAGGGUACAAUCAACAUUUCCAGUACUUAAAUCUGCAUCAACAGACGAUGCCCAAUGGACUGGCGAUGGGUGGUCAGCACGGAUACUGCGGUCUCUGGCUGGAUUCGGAAUACGGAUCCGGUCAUACAAGCGAAUCCUGUACAACGUACAAAGCGUACACGCAACUCUCCCAUGUGAAGGAAUUCAGUUAUAGGCAUCUCGAGGUUUGGGGUUUGGGUCAACCGCCGCCACCGCCGGCAGACCGUGAAGAGCGCAGCAUCCUCGACAACCAAGUGGAGAACAAAGCUUUACUGAAAAUGACCGGCCGCACCAUCCAUAGUGAAGGUCUGCGCGAAACCAAGAACGAAUGAACGUGAACUCCGAUGUUCGCAAAGUGUGCCAAAAUAUGUCCUUGCAAAACAAAGAAUUGAGUGUUUCAUAAGCUGCAUGAAACCAACAUAAAAAUAUCCUAUUUAUUCUUCAUAUUUCUGUUUAAUUUACGACUGAUUUUACUAUACCAAAUAUGAAACAAACACUGUUUCUGGUCAUUCCUACUACAGUUCGUUUCCUUUUUUUUUUUGCAUCGCCGCCAUACAAUUUUAAGAGAGGCUCUCUAUAAAUUUUUAUGGUAUUUUUAAAUAAUGCAUAUUAUGUCCAAAUAAUUAAGCACAUUUUACUCAAUUUUCAUUAUUGACGAUUAUUAUUGGAUUCGAUGAAUCACCACCCUUAAUUAAAUUAAAUUGGGUGCAUGCAAAUUCACUGCAAAUUGUUCGUUCUUAUAACUUAUAUAACUUACUCACUAUCUUCUAUAUUUACGUUUUUCUUGUUUGUAUAUAAUACACACGUAAAAAGGAUUGUUAAAUUAAUGUUUAUGUAAAUAUAUAAAUGUUUUAAUUAAUCUCAAUAUGGGACAUCCAAACCUUAAGAUAAGAAAACAUAAUUUUAUUAAUGCACUUGAAACAUCAUACGAUGGUUGCUGUUAUUUCAGUUUCAAAGGUCGAUUUGAAUUAGAAAUCUUUUCGUUAAUUCCGAUAUUGAGAUAUUGUUAUUUGAAUGUCUGCAUCAAAAUAAAUAUUUUAUUUUUCUAUGGUGAGUAAGUAAGUAAUUCAAAUGUGCAUAUUAUAUUUAGUUUAUACGACUAAUUUUUCCUCAUCUCAAAUUAUACACAAAUAAACGGCUUCUUGCUUCGUUUCUCAAUUUAAAUGAUUAGAUCAAAACAAAAAGAAAUCAUUUGACGCACAAAUUACAUUUUUCAUGCAAUUUUUUCUCUUAUUAAAUAAAAUAAUUAAUUGGAUUCGAUGAUAACAGCGUUGUAAAGAUGUAUGUAUUCUGUAAAAAACAACAAAAAAAAAAGAGAAAUGUUUUUAAAUAAAUAAAUACGAUUUAAAAGAAAAUGAAAACCAACCACAAAGAAGUAAUAGACUUUAUUUUUGUUCUGUUUUUAUUAGGUUAUAUUAUUUAUAUAAGUCGAGAAGAAAGUAACAUUGUAUUCUAUACAUUGAAACAUGACAACUAUCUGACUCAGGAAUAUCCGUAUAAUAAUAGUAAUAUUAUUUGAAAAAAAAUAAACAACAAAAAUUAGGUAAGUAAAGACGUACGAAAACAGAUUAGAGUAUGAUUAAAAAAAAAGAGAUAAUUUAUUAUUAACAGUCUUAAAUAAUGAAAUAGAAAUACAAAGAAUAGUCUCAAAAUACGUGAAUCCUCCUCAUUAUUAUUCUUAUUACUUCUUUCCUUCCUUUGCUCAACGAAAAACAAUUCUUUUGGUUUACAUUUUAAUGACUAAAAAAAAAAUGUACAAAAUAUGCGAAAACAUGCCUCGUACAUACAUAAAUUUAUAAUAGAAGAAUAAAGAAACUUAAAGGAAAUAUUACCCUGCUACAUUUUGAGAUUGAAGAACGAAAAAUUAAAGUAUAGAAGAUGAUGGAGAGAAAGAGAGAGAGUGAGAGAGAGAAAAAAAA